AUGAUCAUUGCCGUGCUUCUGCUGCCCACUACAGUGGCAGCACUUUGUUCUGAUACUGCCACAUGCAUCAGCCGAGUUCUGGUUUGGCGAGCAGCGACGAUCUCUGUGUCAGGGACGGAAUGCCGACCCAGUGGACUGCUUCGGUCCAGCCCAUCUAAGCGCCUUUCACUCAGUGGGAAGUCGACUGUUUCGAGUCAGGACCUACCAUGCGGCCUAUUUGAGAAACCUUCAGAUAUUUCCCAGGGUCACAUUUCGAGCCCACUCAGGUCAUUAUCACAGUUCUUCAACGAAAUAUUCUGGAAAAGAAAUCAAAAUGAGUGUUUAGGCGAAUAUCGCGCAUGCGACCACGAUUUCCGAGCUGGGAAUGGGAGCGUACAAAUAGUGGAGGCAGAUCCAGACAUGUCUCCUGUAGCGCCGUUUUUUAUCCGCUCAAAGCCAGAAAUCACUUGGCAUGGAUUACAGUACGAUGAAGAAUUUAUAAUAGCGAUAAUAGAUGUUGGUUUUGGCUCACUCAAUUAUCUCGUGACGGGAUUCCCUCGUCAACCUAUGGUGCUGCAUGACUACGAGCCAUCGGAGAACUUUCGGCCCGAGCCAAAUCCGAUGGUGGUAGCCAUAUUUCGCAAAUCGAAGGCACUUUCAUUAAAACUUGGGCGACCUGACGACUUUGACAUUUCGAAGUUCAUGCUCGACAACGAUCUAGCUGACGAUUUGAUAGGGUUAUCAUUGAUCAUCGUUGGCAGCGACGCAUUCGCCAUUGAACGACAGCGACUUCGAGGAACGAUCGACAACUGUCACAGCCUUUUGAGAAGCAAAUUACUUCGCCAUCCACCUGCCCCAUCCCUGAACCGUCUUCCGCUGGAAGAGCUGAAUUCGUGGCUGACAGUAUCGGUCGAGUUACCACAACUGGACGUCAACGUCUGUUGUCAACAAGUUCGACAGAAGUCAGUUCAAUGUUUCUUUCUUUAG